UAAUCAAGACUUAAUUAGACAUAAUGUUCAGCGCAUCGUCUGAAAAAUGUUUCAACAUAAAGAGAAAGUAGUUAAUCGAAAAGAGUUGAUUGAAAAAAUUAGUCUUUUCGAAACCUAUUGAUACAUAGAAAUCUUAAACAGUCUUUUCAUCAGAAAAUGAAUCUAGUAUAACCAUGAAACAAAAACCACCUGCAGAUUUGGUAAACCAUUCUUUCUGGUGAGAAUGUUCGGUUAAAUUACAAAUCAUCAACAAAUUUAACAAACCUAUUUCAAUUUUGAUUGAAGUAAGACGCUGCUGAAAUGAAGAAGCAUAGUUCAGUAGCAAAGGCAUAUAUCAUGUCAAUCAAGGCGGUAAUUUUGUCAAUUUCCGUUGGCUGUAAUCUUGCGACAAUAUUGCGAGAGAGCUGCAAGUAUUAUGGAGACUUUAACAUUGUUUUAAAAGACAUGGCAGUGACAGGCAAUGUGUUAAGAACAUUUUCCGGGAAAACUAAGCGGCAAUGCACACUCGAGUGUAUGUCAAGCCUUGAGUGUAAAUCACUGAACUUUAAAGAAGACGGUGGACAAUGCGAGCUGCUUGAUCGAAAUUUGACAUCAAGUAUGACAGCUAUCAGCAAAAGAAUUGGGUGGGUGUACAUGACAACAGAUGAAAAAGCUUCUAAUGUUGGUCCACGGUGUGCAUUUUUGUCUCCUUGCCAAAAUGGUGGCAAAUGUGUGGAUACAUGCACUGAAGAUGGGUUCAAGUGCCAAUGCAAAGAAAUGUUUACAGGCAAAUAUUGCGAAAAUGAAAGAAGUUUUGCCAGUUGCCAAGCAGCCUACGAAGCGGGUUAUCGCAAUGAUGGUGUUUACUUGCUUUCAAACAUUGGACACCAUUAUUGUGUUCUGAACGGGACAACGACUUGUUGCGGCGUUGGAGGUUGGACACUAGUGUUAAAGACGGAUGGAAGACUGGUAAGAACAACUUUGCUACAAAAAUCGCUUAUUAUCAGGUCAAGAACCAAACAGAAAAUUCAGCUUAAUGCAUAGAUUAAUAGCAUUUUUUGGACAAUUAUGUGGGUAAAUAUUUUCGAAAUGCUUCUAUGGACACAUUCAUUGAAAAAGGUAAUAACAAUUUUGUAUCAGUUCGAGGAGUUGAGAGAGAGCGUAAGAAAUCUAUAUCUUAUGAGAUUGUUCUAGUUCUCCGUAUUACAGAUAAG